AUGGAUCAAGUCGAUCAAGUCAUGGAUAUUAAAAAGGAAAUUGAAGAUUCUGAUUGUUAUGAGCCAAGAGACGAGUUCAUCGAUAGCGAAAUUGUUAAGGAGGAGUACGAUAUUCAGGAUGAAACAUCAAAUUUAGUGACAAAGAAGAUUGAUGCCCAGGAGGAAGAACAGCACGAAUGUCCUCUUUGUGAGAAGGUCUACCAGUCAGCACACUCCCUGGGAGUACACUUCAAUAUCCACAACUGCCGAGACAAGAAAUUCCUUUAUAGGAAGUCCUAUAAAUGUGGGAUUUGUGGGAAGGAUUUCAUGAACAAGUCUAGCCUACUGAGGCACAUUACUAUACACUCCAAUGUGAGGAAUUUUGAGUGUGCUUUGUGUUCCAAGAAAUUCAAGAGCAAGCAGAACAUUGGGCGGCACAUGAAAAUUCACACACAAAGGCCUCAACCGUGUCCGCAGUGCAAGAACAUUUUGAAAAACUUAAUAUCUCUGAAAUAUCACGUUAAAUUCCAUUGCCAAGUGACUAAACAUCUCAGACAAAAAGGUAUUUGCACAAUCUGCAACAAAGCCUACGCUACAAAGUAUAGUCUUAACAGACAUAAUAAGAGACUUCACAAGGAUUCAGUUUAGACCUCACAUAAAAAAUCAUCUAAAAUCUAACCGGAAAAAGUUUCCAGUCAAAUGAAAUUUAUAAAGAUAACAAAGAUAUGAAAUUUACAAAAACUGAUAAUUGAUGUCGAUUUUAUUGAAAUAAAUGAACUAAAUACAAUACAAAAAAUAGAUACGAAAACAUUUUUAAUUAAGAUUCAUUUUAGCAUUUUGUUAACGUUCCGGAUGUGCUUCGUUUCUUAGGUUUCA